UUGAACUGUUCUUGGCUAAAAUUACAGGUUACAAGAAGUACUCAAGUAUCAUUUUCUAAUGACAACAAUUGUUGGCUAGUGGGCCGUUCAGUGGACGGAAAUAGCGGGACUGGAAUUCUAGCCCUUCAUCGUUGCAUAUUCUGGCAUAUAGGGACAUUUAUCGGGCAACAUUAUGGGAGCUGCAGUUUCCUAACAUUUAUGUUCGCUGUUGCACUGUCAUGUUUUAAUAUCUAUCUUCGUUUUGACGACGAUUUCCGUAGCGGCUAUUCGCAGUUGGAUUCACAGUCGGAGAUAGAGCACGGAAUCUUUCUCAAUUUUAAUGGCCUAACCAAGCAGCCGUAUACGGUAAUGUUAGUCGGCGAAAGUGUUGAUGGAGGAUCAAUGUUGAGGAAGGAGCAGUUUAUGGUUAUGCGGAAUGAAAUCGCUCGUGGCCUUUCUACUGAGUUAAACAUUACAUCAACCACUGGUUUCUUCCGGUUUUUUCCAAGAUAUCUCAAAGACCUUGUCCUUUUUUCAGAUGACACUCAAUUUAACGUGAUUGAGAGUGCUCUAACUAAUCCUGGACCGAACGCUCAAAUAGGAUACCCAGUGGCGAAGUUUUUCGGUCAAAACAUUAUAAUGGCUCGAGCUAUCUAUGGCUACAAGGACGGCGGUGCGAAAAUGCUUGCGUACUCUUUUGGCUUCACAGGCGACAACCCUUACCUGGAAUUUGUGAAGAAAGCUGAAGUUCUUUGGAGUGAGCGUUUAAAGAGUGACGAUAAUAAUAUCACGAGAAUGCGCCUGUUUGGGGAUUCAGUGGUUAAUAGUGAAAUAAGCUCAAGCGCAUUUGGCGCUUGUCCGUACUUCUUGGUUGGAUCUGCUCUGAUGAUUUUAUUUGUUUUCUUGACCUUGUUUCGUUACAGCAAGAAUUCACUACAUGCAUUUUAUCUAACGUUCUGGACAAUUUGUUGUCCCCUUCUUGCUGGAGCUUGUACGAUGGCGAUUAUUUCAUCAUUAGGAGUACCUGUGAAUUGUGCGAUGCUAAUCACACCCUUCUUGGUGCUUGGAAUUGGUGUAGAUGAUGCCUUUCUGAUGAUACAUCAUUGGUAUAAUUCUCAGAAAUUCAGUAAAGUCGCUCGCCUACGCUAUGUCAUGCUGCGUACUGGUCCUUCUAUCACACUAACGUCGGUCACAAACAUAACGGCUUUCUUGAUUGGCAGUUAUGUUUCGGCCCCAGACUUACGGUUAUUUUGCUUGAGUGCGGCUUUAGCAUUUAGUUUGGAUUGGAUUUUGCAAGUAUUUUUAUUCUCGCCAAUGUUACUGUUUCUUAAAGACGUAAAAGCAGAAGUACCAUUAAUUGAAAAAAAAUCGACCAAAUCAUUCGGUACAAUUUAUUCUGAGUGGCUGAGAUUGACAUGGGUACGUGUUGUUUUAUCAUUAGUAGUUUUGGCUUACUGGACUGCCGGUAUUUAUGGCGGGGUGUCAAUGGAAGAGAACUUUUCACCGGAAAAAACUUUUGAUUCACAAUCAUUUCUCGCGAAAUCCUUAGUUCAAAACGAAGAGAUGUUCCGAGACCAUGAAAUAAUUCGAGUUUUCAUUAAUAAAGUCCCCAAUGACGCCAAAAAACUAAUGAAAAGGAUAAAACAGUUUCGCAGAAUAGAAUAUUUAUGUAGUAAUUUUCCAAUUUGGAUUGAAGAAUACGAUGCCAAGGGACUUGGAGGAAAUGCAACUGAUAUAGAAUCAUAUUUUGCGAAUUUAGGAAUGUAUCUCAUUCAGUAUCCAAAUACUGUGAAAGAUGUUUUGUUCUCUAACAGAAUAAUAUCCCGAGUUGAAAAAAUCGCCUUUGAUCUUUGUGUACAUGGAUUUGGGAGUUGGAGAGAAAGAGCCCUCAUGUUGCAAGAUUUGCGCAGCAAGAUGCCAGAAGGGUUUUCAGUCUAUAUGAGCGAGUCGGCAGUUUUAGCUCUGAUCGUAUCGUCUCGAUCAGCAGUUUUAAAGUCAGUGAUAAUCACAUUGAUAUGUAUGGCUGUCAUCUGUUUAGUAUUUUUUCCAACUUUACGAGGUGCUAUCUGUGCAAUUACAUCGGUUGCGUCUAUUACCAUUGGUGUUGUUGGUGGCUUGUAUGUUAUGGGAGCAGAUUUGGAUACAAUGGUUCUGGUAAAUAUUGUGAUGGCUGUUGGUUUAACUGUCGACUUCUCAGCACAUAUCAGUUACCAUUGUUUUUCUCAAGAUAUAGGACUUGCUAAUCCUGAAAGUCUUGUUGAUGUGCUGCAAGCAGUUGCGGUUCCGUCGGUUGAGGCAGCUUUGACGACUGUGAUAUUGGUGCUGCCGUUGUAUUUCUACAGUGUUUACAUGUAUGUUACAUUCGCUAAGACUGUUCUACUUAUUGCAUUAGUUGGUUUAAUACAUACCGUGUUUGUUAUUCCUUUUAUAAUUUCUGUAACUGCAUGUCGUUACACUAAAAAGAAGUAA